AUCUCAUUAUUUUCUAAAAUACAUAUAGUACCUGUAUAGAAACUGGCGUCUACAAAGGGCACAGCAAUUCUAAAUAUUUUGGGUGCAUAUUUCAUUGACAUUUCAAUUAACACUGAAAGCAUGAACUAAUACCAUUGGCAAGAUGAAAAUCCAAAAUAUUUUGAUUGCUUUCUUGCAUAUAUGCAGGUAGUUUGUAUCUAAGUGAUUUUCAGCUCACUUAACAUUGAUUGUUUGUAGCUGUUGCGAAGUUUUUAUAUAUAUUUUUGCACGAUAUUAAAGUACAGUCACACCCGAGAUCAACGGGCAUUCAAACGAGAGACUGAACAUGACCUUUAUAGACAAGUGUACUUUAUUUGGAAUUUUCUCUAUUAUAUUUAAUCAAUGAGGUGUUUUCGCAUAAUGUCUUUAUUUACAGACUGGUCUUUAUUUGAUAAUGAUCUUUUAUACAGGUUUGUCUGUAUGUACAUUUAUCGUUAAUUUUGUGGUUAUAUCACAAUUUAUAGAUAUUACAAAGGUGUUUCUGUUAAUUUCAGCAUACGACUUUGACGGUCCCACAUACUUUAUUCCUCAACCCCACAACGUUACAUUUCAUGUAGGGCAAACAGCAACAUUGUUGUGUUCUGUAGAAAACCUUGGGAACAAAACAGUCGUUUGGAGAAAAGCUUCUGAUCCGCAUCCAAUCGCUAUCGGAGAGUUUGUUUACGCCCCAGACGCAAGAUAUAGUGUCAGGAUCUCAAAAGAAAGGCGAGAAUAUAAUCUAGAAAUACACAACAUUAGAAAGAGUGAUUCCGGUGUUUAUCAUUGCCAAGUUAGCACGAAAGAUAAACUGAUAAGACACAUAUUAUUGACGGUGGUUGGACGACCGAGGGAUUCACCAUCACGAGCUGAUCUUAAAGAAGAAUUAGGAGACGAAAGUCCACCCUACAUAAUGCCAGAAAUUGUUUUAUCUGGUAAUGAAUACGUCAAUAGCGGUGACACAAUACGACUGAUAUGCAAUGUGACCGGAAAUACAGAAAUACCUCAGGACGUCGAUUGGUUCAAAGAUGGCGUUUUAUUGCGGCCUUUUAGUUCUUCAAAAAUUAACGUGAAAAAAGAUACGUCAAUAACUCGAAGACAGUUGGACAGUGUUUUAGAAAUACGCAAUGCUAAUUUAGAUGACGAUGGUUUAUAUAUAUGCAGGAAUUCAGAAAAACUUAUAGCAAGUCUGAAAGUGAAUAUCUUAAACGAGGAAAAAUCAAACACAGAUAAAAGAGGAACUGCGGGUGAUGCUAAAAGCGGACAAAUGUGCAACAAACAAUGGUGGACUUUAUUCUUCUCAGUGUUUCUUACUGCGAUCGUCACAAAAUCUUUCAUCUACCUCAGCUGACGGCACUUUAUGAUGUCAUAACUUUAAUGAUGACGUCAUGUGAUUGUUCUACAAUUUGUUCUACAUUCCAAUUAAAUUCAACAUGCGUGUACACAUUGAACGGAUAUCAAAACUGUAUCAAUCAAUACAGGUAGUUGCACCAUUGCCGGCACAGAUAUUCUAUUUAUAUCAUCACAUUUUUCAAAAUGAUUCAUUUUCCAAAUGAUUCAUCUAAUAUAGGUUGUAGUCUAUGUUAAAUUAUAUCAUUCACUCAUAGAUAUUUUGGUCCAUCUAUUGUACAACAUAUUCGAAUCAUGUGGGGUUAUGAAACCGACACUUUUUAAGUAAAUGAAGACAAUUUCGCACUAGCAUUGACAUGUCUUACUAUUAUUUCCACCAGAAUAAAUGCAAAUAACACUAAUUUGUAUAUAGAAAGCGAAAGUACUGUAUGUGUCUGUUUUUGACAAUAGUUAUAAUGUUUUUUAUACAAAUAUAAAUAAAAACUAACAAGUUUCCGCUCACUUGAAUAAUGCAUAUUUAUAUUAACUUAUUUCAAUUUUGCUUGAAAAGUUAUUAUUAAAACUGUUUUAAUCUUUUUUGUGUGUUUAUAGAAUUGUUUUUGAAUGAAGCGAAAUGAAAUAACUGUCAAACCCUUAGACACGUGAUGCAUUGUGUUUUAUAUAAUCAUCACUUACUUUAUAUUGAGGGUCUUUUGAUCGACAAAAAUACAUGUGAGCCGCGUCACGACAAAACCAACAUAGUGCGUUUGCGACCAGCAUGGAUCCAGACCAGCCUGCGCAUCAGGAUCCAUUCUGUUCGCUAUC